UCUCCUGGGUUGCACUCCAGUAGCAACCACCAUGAAGCUGCUCCUGCUCCUCACCUUGGUGGCCCUGGCUCAAUGCCGCAUCUCCAGGGUUCCUCUCUGGAGGGGGAAGUCCCUGCGGCAGGCCCUGAAGGACCGUGGCUUGCUGGAGCUGUACCUGCUGCAGCACCCCUACAACCCGGCCAGCAAGUACUUCCCCAGCCUGCUGGCCUCGGAGCCCCUGCAGAACUACAUGGACAACGAGUACUACGGCACCAUCUCCAUCGGGACCCCCGGGCAGGAUUUCACUGUCAUCUUUGACACUGGCUCCUCCAACCUCUGGGUGCCCUCCGUCUACUGUGCCAGCCAGGCCUGCAGCAACCACAACCGCUUCAACCCAGCAGCCUCCUCCACCUUCGUUGGCACCAAUGACAGCGUCAGCAUCGCCUACGGCACUGGCAGCAUGACAGGGGUGCUGGGCUAUGACACUGUCACUGUUGCAGGCAUCCAGGUCACCAACCAGAUCUUUGGGCUGACCGAGACAGAGCCUGGAAACUUCUUCUACUACAGCCCCUUCGAUGGCAUCCUGGGACUGGCAUUCCCCAGCAUCGCCUCCUCUGGUGCCACCCCUGUCUUUGACAACAUGAUGGCAGAGAAUCUGGUGCCAAGGGACCUCUUCUCUGUCUACCUGAGCAACAACGGAGCCAGUGGCAGCUUUGUCCUCUUUGGUGCCAUCGACUACAGCUACACUGCCAACGGCAUCAGCUGGAUCCCCCUCUCUGCUGAAACCUACUGGCAGAUCACCAUGGACAGCGUCUACAUUGGAGGACAACCUGUUGCCUGCUCACAAGGCUGCCAGGCCAUUGUGGACACAGGCACCUCCCUGCUAGUUGUGCCCAACAGCAUCCUUGGCACCAUCUUGGCCAGCCUUGGUGCCAACUCCAACGGCCAGGUCAGCUGCAGCGCUGUCAGCAGCCUGCCCAGCGUCGUCUACUACAUCAACAACCAGGCCUUCAGCGUGCCCCCCAGCGCCUACGUGAUAGAGAGCGAUGGGUACUGCACCCUGGGCUUCGAAGGCAUGGAUGUGCCCACGGAGGCUGGCGAGCUCUGGAUCCUCGGGGACGUCUUCAUCCGCCAGUACUACACCAUCUUCGACAGGGCCAACAACAGGGUGGGGCUGUCCCCUCUGAACUGAGCUGGGGACAGUGCCCAGCAGCCUGUCCCCCUGCCCUGGCAGCCCCCAGCUCGGUGGCAGCCGGGGGUGGCCCUCCCCCCCCCCCCCCCCGGCGCUCCCAUCCCCUCCGCAAUAAAGCUAUGAAGAAGCUCCGUUUGUGUCACGUCUGUCUGGCAAGGGCUGGCUUGGCCACCCUGGCACUGCCACCCUCUGAGGUGUGGGGCUGAGGGUGCCCACGAAGCCAGGGCAGAGUUGUGCUGCCAACUGGUCACCUCAGCAGGCUUUAUGGGGGCAGCUGGUGCCACUCAGCCAGGGCUGGGUGCCCCAGGGGCACCACUUUCUGUUCCCGUGGUGCCCUGUGGCUGGGGGCUGCUGGGGCUAGUGGUGGCCAAGUGGGAUGGGGAAGGUGUGGGGACAAGGAUGGGAGCACAGCUGUGUCUCUGUCCC